ACCAAAUGGGCUAGCAUUGGCUCCGCAUGGGCUUCGCUGUGUUGUUCCCUACUCGCAAUCUUUAGCCCGAAAGCCCGCGCAGCUAACAUCGCCGCCAAUGGCGGCCAGACAGCAUCACUGCUGGGAGCAUCGGGCAAGCCCCUCCUUUUCCUUGUUCUCUCCUGUCUCCCCCCACCGUAACAAGUGGCCAGCAUGAACCACUGGAGUGCCUCUUUCAUCAUCGUGCGGUCGUGCUCGACCAUGAACAUGGCAGUCCAUGCCCGGCAUCGGCCAGCACCGGCUGGUCUGGUAACAGCCGAACCAAAAGGGACUGUUACCUCAUACAUGGCACCCGGGUGAUGAAUACUACCGUGCUCUGUUUGAAUGCCUUGCUUGUCAAUCUUCGCGCUCCGGUCCGUGUACCCUUUGUUGACCUGCCAUCAAGUGAAAAUCACGUAAAAGUGAGUGCGGGAGCGGCGUGACAGCCACCAGGCAAGCGUGCGCGACGAAUCACCCGAGCGUGGGUGCUCGCUUAUCAACGCUGCCGCAUCGAGCCCACACAGGUUAAGCCGGUUUGCUCCCGAAGCUAACACAAACUUAUUACCGAGAGGAAACGGGAAAACGAACAGAGAGAUCGGAAGGCCCGGAACGUCGAUCAGGGUCCGCGAACAAAACGCUGCCCACCUCCCUCACACAUGUUUGCCGCAUACUUAUUUCGCCCACCGUCGCGACCUCCUAGCUGCGUCGCUUUCAGUCCGCACACUAACUGAGCAUCGCACAUCUCGCACUUGACGAGGCAAAGAGAAUUGCGGAAAGAGAUAGAGAGACAAGACACCAUCGCGUCAGGCCGCAAUCCAAUGGCUCCAGCAAUAGCGUCGCCGGUACUACCGACCGCUCCUGCGGACCCGGAUGCGCGCGAUAGCACCUCUUCAGGCACAUCCAGCGAAGCACUAGACUUCAACGAGAAGCGGGGCGGCGUGAAGCAGCAGAAGCGCAAGAGCCUGUUUCGCCUUCGCAAGCCUAAGCCCGCCACCGCUGCCAACGCCACCGCAGGUGCCGAGGCCACGCCGGCCCCUAGUGCAGACCGUAGCAAGCCCGAGUCGGAGCGCGCAAGCCACGAUGCCGGCGUGACGGCGGCGGGCCGAGGGGACACGUCGGCGUCAACGAGCCGGGCCAAGACGUUCUGGCGGGCGAUGCGCGAGCUGUACAAGCUGGACAAGGCGCAGGUGGACGCCUUUAUGGACUCGUACGUGAUAUACGGCCUCGACUGGUCCGACGAGGACGCCAUGCGGCGCACGCUGGGCCCGGACUUCCAGCGCCGCGUCGGCGACAGCCUGCGGGCCUACUACGGCGUGCUCAACCACCUGUGCGCCCUGGGCGACGUCGAGAAGAUGUACAUACCGCCGCUCAUGGACGCGGCCCUGUCGGUGCGGGGCAACCAGCUCGCGUACGAGGAGUCGGUCGCGCGGGACCUGGGGCUCAAGCCGGGCGACCGCGUCCUCGACCUCGGCUGCGGGCGCGGGCGCGUCGCGGCGCACAUGGCGACGCUGGUGCCGGGGGUGCGCGUGACGGGGCUCAACAUCGACCCGGACCAGCUCGCGCAGGCUCGGGCCUUCAACGGGGAGGAAUUGGGGCUGCCCAACAACUUCGUCGAGCGCGACUUCAACGACCUGCCCCUGCCCUUCGCCAACGGCUCCAUGGACGGCUUUUACCAGAUCCAGGCGCUCAGCCUGUGCCGCGACCACGGGCGGCUGUUCGCCGAGCUGCAUCGGGUGCUGCGGCCGGGGGCGCGGCUGUCCAUCCUCGACUGGGUUAGCCUGCCGGCCUACGACGCGGAGGACCCGGAACACGCCGAGUUGAUGCGGCGCGUCAAGCCGCUGAUCGGGGCCGUGGGCACGCCGACGCCGGCCAGCCUCGAGGCGGCGCUGCGCGGGGCCGGGUUCGAGGUGGUGCGCUCCGACAACGCGAGCCUCGACGGCCUGCAGGCGCCGCUGAUCGACAAAGUUGACGUGUACUUCAGGUCGCUGCGCAUGUUGGUCCUGGGCCUCGUCCGCGCCAGGGUGCUGCCGCCGCACCUCAAGAAGUUGAUAAACCGGCUGUGCCUCGACGGGCAGGCUUUUGUCGAGAUGGACAAGAGGCGCCUGGCAACUACAAGCUACCGCAUCAUUGCGCAGAAACCUGCAGCGUCAAUAGCUGCAGCAGCAGCUGUACCCAUAGCGCCAACACCACCAACACACCACUAAGUGCAGAGGCAAGGGCGGUGAGCUGCUUAGCCGAGGCUGAAAACUAGGCAGAGAAGGCUGAUGUGAUGUCAUACCGUGGUAUUGUAGGAGCCGGCCGCAUGCUAGGUGCAUACGAGCAGGGCUGUAGUGUGUUGUUGGUGGGCGUGAGGUGGAAGAACGAGUGUCUUGCCAACCUGGCACACUGGGCAGCAGAACUUCGGCAGUCAGCCUUCCAUCCGUCAUCAUUCCUCGUCACAAGAGGACUCAUGCCGGGUCCCCGUACCGUCACUGGAAUCUAACUAGGGUUCGAUUGCCGGUCGGAAGCCUAGGCGAGGCAUAAGCUGGCAGUUGUUCGGCGUAAUAUUAUGGCCGCCCUGUCUUUUCUCUGUGGGCCUCAAGCUGCUUUUGAUCAUGCUCGCGAUCCUUCCUGCCUGUCCUCCUCGUGUUUUCUUUUCUUUCUUGCUUUUUCUCGACUCCCUGCUCCCCCUCGCCCGCAACCUUGACGAGCCGUGAUGGACGAGAUUUGGUGGUUCGUUGAAUAGUGGUCUCGUGGCGAUGCUCGCCUCGCGCGGCUAGCCCGAAAGGAAUUAAAAAGAAAAAGGGGCCAUCUUGGCUGCCGCACUGCCCAAGCUCCCAAACACUCCGAUGUUGCGCUCGUGCCUGGCCGCAUAAAAAGUGCUAAGAGUGCGUAUCUAUACGCACCUUCAUCUUGGCGGCCCAGUGUGCCAAGCGCGGCCUGUGGGUCUGGGGUCUUGGCGGAUGGCAGUCGGUGCCUUUUCGCGCUGGCAAGUCGCUUGGGGGAUCGCCGUGGCCGCGUCUACUGUAGUAAACCAGAGGCUCCCGAGAAACGAGCGUUAAUGCGACCGUCGCAGUCAACACCUGCAAUCAAACUCAAUUAAAGUCGACGACAAUGCAUCACCAAACGCCAAGAUGUUCUCCUUUCACUGUUGAGUCAGUUGGUCGUCUGGUUUUGUAAACAAGUCGCCGCUUUGGGACAUUGUGGGAAGGAACCACCAACCUUCAGGGUCUCUUUCGGAGAGGUG